AAAAGAAAAAGAAAAGGAAAAAUGGUAGUGCAGGGAGAAGCAGUGUGAGAUAGAAGAAAUGAAAGCUUUGCUGCGGAGGAAAGAAGCAUAUCUGAUCAACAAACAACAGUGAAGGUUAGUUUGCUACCCGGAAUUCACUUUCUCUCGAUUUCUGGUUGGAGAGAGAAUGCGAGAAAGUUGAGAAUACGAUCCAUGUCAACAAGAAGUCUCGAUCUGCACACAAAGUACCAUUUCCAGAUAUAGCAGUAAAUUGCUUGAGAUCCGUGUGUCCAAGGCCACAUUCUUCAUUGACUAGUUGGCAUUUCGGUACUUUUCUAUCUCGAAUCCGGGAUCUUAAUCGCAUUCAACGAGCUUUCGCUCUCCAUAUGGUGAAUUUUGACUUGGAAUGCCCGUCAGUCUAGCCUUACCUGCUACCCGGAAAAAGGUUAGUUUGGCCUGUAAUUUGAUAUUUGAAGGAGGCUUGGAGGUUGGUUUAAGUUGAAUAACGGGUUAGCGUGAUUGUACUGUGACUGCUGGGAUUGUUGACUUGCGAAAUCUAGGGUUUUGUGAUUGUGUGACCGCGGUUUAGCUGCUAUCUAUAUAGCCACGUUGAGCGUGCGCAUUGUCACAGGUGAAGGUCGAGAAUCCAAUAAAUUUGGUAUUUAAGAGGAACAGUUCUAUUUACAAGUUACAACCACUGUGGGUUUUAGUCAAAUGUAUAGUAUACGCUACUUGAUUUGGCAAAAGGGUUUCUGAAUACUGGUUGUAUGAAGAGUUUAAGGUAGCAUCUUUGACUCUGCAUUGUGGUUGGGGAUAUGCCUCCUUCUCCGGCAUUGAGAGUCUCUCCCGGCAGAGAAAUGAGGGCAGACAUUCACAAGCGAGGGCGCAGUCUUGAGGGUGGAUUAUUCUUCAGACAGAAAGACGACGAUCUCGCGUUGUUCAAUGAAAUGCAGUCGAGAGAGAAGGAAGAUUUCUUGCUUCAGUCAACGGAUGAUUUUGAAGACACAUUUUCAACAAAAUUGAAACACUUUUCAGAUUUUAAGCUUGGAAUCUCAAUCCCUGUUCGAGGGGAGAGUAGUGAACUACUUAAUGCAGAUGGGGAGAAGAAUGAUUACGAUUGGCUUUUAACUCCUCCGGAGACUCCUCUUUUUCGUUCACUGGAUGAUGAGCCACCACCAGUUAAUGCUGCAAGCAGAGGCAGACUUCGGAGCCAGCCAAUUUCUUUGUCGAGAUCUUCCACGAUGGAGAAGGGUUACAGAAGCAGCAGGGGUAGUGAAAGUCCGAAGCGCUUGAGCCCAUCACCUCGGUCUGGGAAUAGCACAUUUCAGUCCAAGGGACGGCCAUCUUCAGCACCUAAUUCCAGUCCAAAUCGUAACUUGUUCCCUGCCACUCCAGUGCGAAGGCCUUCACCUCCCCCAAGCAAACCCUCCACACCCGUUCCAAGGUCUUCAACUCCAACUCCACGCAGGAUGAGCACAGGGUCUAGUGGUACUGGGGUUGCAUCAGGGGUUCGGGGAACCUCCCCUAUAAGAACAAGUCGAGGGAACUCUGCCUCACCCAAAAUCAGAGCAUGGCAGUCCAAUAUCCCUGGUUUCUCCUCAGAGGCUCCACCCAAUCUUCGAACUUCAUUGGCUGAUCGGCCAGCAUCAUACGUGAGGGGUUCAUCGCCAGCAUCCAGAAAUGGUAGGGAUUUGGGCUCAAGAGUUGGCAGGCAAUCAAUGUCUCCAACUGCUUCUCGAAGUGUCACUUCAUCACACAGUCAUGAUCGGGACCAAUUUAGCUCGCACAGUAGAGGUUCUAUUGCAUCAUCUGGUGAUGAUGAUGUGGACUCUCUACAAUCCGUUCCUGUGGGCAGCUUAGAUCGCUUAGCUUCAAACAUAGUUGGCCCAUCAUUUUCAAAUAACAGAGCUCCUAGCUUAUCUAGGAAGUCAUCUAGAAUAUUGUCUCCUGGUUCUGCUCCAAAAAGAGCCUUUGACUCUGCACUUCGACAACUGGAUAAUCGGAAAAGUCCGCAGAAUAUGUUCAGGCCUCUGUUAUCAAGUGUCCCAAGUACCACCUUUUAUAUUGGGAAAACAAGUUCUGCUCAUCGCUCGAUGAUGUCUAGGAAUUCUUCGGUAACGACCAGCAGUAACACAAGUUCUGAUCAAGGUACCAGUGCUGCACUUGAUACUGAGGGGAGUGAUCACCUUCAUGAUGAUUUGGCAGGUGGAAGCGGAAAAGUACCGUAUCCUGAUGUUCCGGAAGAAGUAUUUGCAUUCGAUAAGGUGGACGCAUUCGAUAAAGAUGAGGAGCAUCAAACUUUUGAUAGGUCACUUAACAUUCGGGUCGAUGAUUAUGAUAGGGACCUUGCAAUUCAUUGUGACUCUGGUAACUCUGAUAAGCCUGCCCCCCAUAAAAUUGAUGCAAAAGUUAGUACGGUUCCUGAUGCUCAGAGUCUCAGGGAUGACUAUCCCGAAGUUUACAGUCUUGAAAGCUCAGAACUUUGCUGUAGAUGUGGUCACAGGUAUCGUGUCACUCAGCCAGUGGAAAAUGGUAUAAAUCUUUGUCCGGAUUGCAGUAAGGAAGACAAUCUUGCCACUAUUUUGAGGACAGUUGCUAAUGAUGCUGUCGAGCCAUCUAAGAAGAUUUCUGAAGAAAAUAAAGUUGUGGAUGAAUUAGAGCGCCUGACAGCUGUACCCAAUACAGUAUCACUGGUCAGUGAAGUGGAUGAGGUGAUUUCUUCCCAGCAUGACGAGGAUGUUAAGCAAGGCGAGGCUUCAAACUUUGAGCAUAGCCAGAUUUACUCGCGUGAGAAUUCUCUUGCAAGGUCUCUGGUGGAAGGGGAUGGCCGGAGUUUUGCUAACCAGCAAGGAACGGGACAACUGUUUGUUGGUCAUAGCCUACCCGAUAAUGAUGUUGAAGGACAACAAUCACAACAGAAGAACGAUCAUUCUGAAAAGGUAGAUGUUUCAGAAAUUGCUGGCAUUUCUAUACUGCUGAAUCUGUCAAGCAGUAGCAAGGGAUCUAUUUUUCAAGGUAGAACUUUCAUUGCCUCUUCCAUACCUCGUGAUGAUCUUUCGUAUGCAAGAGACAGCACAAACAGUUUGAGAAGCUCCAUUGGGCGUGGCAGUGCUUCUGCAUCAUCCUCAGUCGAUUUUGGCUCUGCUAGACAGGUAGAGCAGUUGGCUUUGAAAGUCCUGCCUUGGUCUGAUUUGAACAUUAAACCCCAAAGUAUUGGAUUAUCUUUGCCUGGAGUUUCGGACCGUGCUCACCAGGCACCUGGUUUUGCAACAAGCAUACAUGAAGGGGCUCCUGAUGCUGAUGUGAAGUUUCAAUCAGAGGAAAGACCUGUCUCUUCUCAUGUAAAUUUGCUUACUGUGGGGAACAAAGAAGUGGAUGUUUCUGAUGUGGCAAUUCUUGAGGUAAAUUUAUUAGAAUGUUCUGAGAGUAAAAAAACAGCAUAUGCUUUAAAUGAAAUUGGUGAAGGUUUCCGAGAUCAUGCAAGGAGGGCCUCUGAUAUAGAAGCAUUGGCUAUCACUUCCGAGUCAUCUACUGAAGCAGGAUACGCAAGGCAAAGCCAUAGCUUUGAUACUGUGGAAAUUACAGAAUUUCCAGCUCAAAGCACUUUGAAUUCAGUAUCUGAAAUACAAACUGACGAUUGUUGUCAGAGUACUGCAGUUCCACAGAAUGAUGACCUCUCAGUGGAUUCCAGGAGAACAAUAAAUGAAUAUCAGGAGCCAUCAGUCCCCACUGCUUCAGAUAUUGAUACAGCAGAGGAGUCAACCGUAUUGGUAGAAUGUCAGGGAGAAAGCAAGGGAAGAAGCCUAAUACUCGAAGAAGCAACAGAUACGAUACUAUUCUGCAGUUCUAUUGUCUACGAUCUAGCCUAUCAGGCUGCAACCAUAGCAAUCGAAAAGGAAUCUUCUGACCCUGUAGAAAAUUUCCAGCCAACUGUCACGAUCUUGGGGAAAUUCAACUUUGGCAAGAACGACCAACAUGGCAGAAACAUUGCAAGACGCAGCCCAAAAUCCCAGAAAGUGAGGCAGAGACGAUUGGAAGCUGAUGUGAAAACCCCUUCAAAGAAAGCUGAGAACGAUGAGAAUGUUGACGAAUCUAUGAUGCAAAAUGUUGGGCUUCCCAAAAAGAUGGACAGUACGAAGCAGCCUCAGAAGCUGGAAUCCAAGUGCAAUUGCACAAUAAUGUGAGUCAUUCAUUCUACCAUACAACCCUGCUCUUCCCUCCAGUUAGAUGGAGGAGAAUGCUGAGUGCUUGUAAUGUGACUGGUUUUGUGUGUGAAGGGCUUUUGGAUUAUUGCCAAUUUGUUUCUUCUUAUUCAUUCCAAUUUAUUUGUAUGAAACACCACAUCAUGUUGGUGACAUAAUUGUAAAGCUGUUUAUUGUAAUUAGGUUAGUGAUAAGCAUUGGAAGUUUGUGUUUUCUCCGGUG